AUGGGUCUUGAGCCAUUAGGUCGUAACUGGGGUGACAUCGUCAACUGGGAUGAUCUUGCAAAAGCAUACGCAGGCUUCAUCAUCGCGUGGACGAUUUUGCUCUACGUCGGCGUCGGCUGGAUUGUGUACAACCGACAUUUGCCUUCGGUCAGGAUACGAAAUGUAUCCAUCGCGGUGCUCAGUGUCAGCUUCCUUCAUCUCUAUCUUGUCAAGAUAGUGCUCGCCUACACUACGAAUGGCCACUUCCUGUGUGGUGCGGAGUUCUGGAUUAUGAGCAUUUAUCUUCCGUUCGGCAUAGCGUUGUUCCAGAUGAACCUGGUACAGCUACACAGCAUUGCUGAACAGCAGCGCAAGCUUCUUUCUUCGGCCGGGUCAAUGAGAUCUAUACCUACUGGCACUCCGAAGACUGUCCGCGGUGCCUGGGUAUACUGGAAGGGCUUGUCGUCCAGCACUAGGUCUUACAUCUACAUCGGUCUUGGUAUGCUCGUGCAGCUCAUCAUUACAGCUGUCCUGUAUGCAACCACGCCUGAGCUGCAAGGUGACUGGACAAGCUAUGGCAAGGUCACUCACGCCAAGGGUCAAGCACUCUGCCGCAAGUCGCUGGUGUGGAUCCCAUCUGCAUUCUGGCAGUUGUUCUGGACCUGGGUGUUCGGCCUCUACACGUUGUACAAGAUCCGCAACAUUCGCGACACUCACUAUUGGAGACUUGGGACAUGGCUGAGCGUCAUCUUCGGACUGCCAGGCACACCUUUGUGGAUCGCCGCCGUCUUCUGCAUCAAGUUCAAGCCCGUCAACAUUCGAUGGGUCCCGCCCAUGUGGCUCGCCCCUGGCAUCGUGGUCAUGCAGAUCGUUACGAUAUUCUUUCCCAUGCUCGAAGAGUAUCAGUCACGAAGACAUAUGCGCAGGACGUUGUCUAUCAUCGAGACAUGGGAGAAGAAAGACACUGCCGACCUGUACGGCAGCAUCGUGUCCGGGGACCGAAGUCAACUAUCUCAAAGCACAUCGACCAGGAGUAAAGAGCUUUACUCGAUGGCAUCGCUCGAGAAGGCACUAGCCGUCAACCCACUACCGCUACUCCACUUCGCUGCCAAUAAAGACUUCACCGCAGAGAACAUCAUCUUUCUCAUGCGCGUGAAAGAAUGGCGGCAGGCCUGGGCGAGUGCACCUCGUCAGCCAGGCUCAAGGAGUGUCACUGAAGAGUCCCGUGCCAUGCUUUUCCGCCUUGCCGUGGAAAUCUACAUGACCUGCGUGCUCGACACCAUCUCAGAGUUUCCAAUCAACAUUGAAGGCCCGGUCAGAACAAAGCUCGACUUCCUCUUCGACUCAGCCGUGCCAGACGGCAAGAAACGCACCUCAGCAGAAAGCGACGCAAGCCCCUUCGGCUUCGAGAUGGACGACCCCAAAAACGGCCCCAUCGCAACCGAAGUCAAGCGCAUCGCCCUCGUACGCGAAGGCAGCGCCGACUCCGACGACACACUCUGGAGCGACGCCUCUUCCAAAGGCCGCUCCCUCAACUCCGCCAACGGCGUUGUUACAUACCACCCUGACACAGAUCCCAUCUUCGAUCCUCACCCGGCACAUUCGCCUCUGGGCUCUGCGCGGGCGAAGAUAAAGCCGGAGUUUGAUCAUAUGGCGUUCGAUGCGGCGGAGGCGAGCAUAAAGUAUCUUGUUUUGACGAAUACGUGGCGCAAGUUUGCGCAGAAGGCGCAGCAUGGAGCGGUGGAGAUUGUUUAG